AUGGCGAAGACGAAAUCCUUAGAAGACUUGGAUCUUUGGAUGCAGCGCGUGGUGAGCCUGGAGCUCUACAUCCGACCCGAGAAGGACCUGCCCAGGCUUGAAGGUGGUGCCUGGAAUUUAGCCCAUGAAGAUGCCAUCGAUUGGACUCAUCUGCAAGAGGACCUGAAGGAUUUGAGCGACACAGGCGAAGUCGUGGUGAUCUGCGAUGAUCGAGCUGCGGGCUGUCGAGCCUUACUGGAGGCGUGCAAGCGCAUGAUCGUGUGCUCUUCCACUGAACUUGGUUGCUUCAAAGAUUGCAUUCUCAGCAGAGUGACCCUGGAAGAUUACACCCGACGAAUUUGGCCCACCUACAAGCAGCGUGUGUCGCGGCUGUGGGACUGGCUGGCCGAAGAUGCGAAUUUGCUCCGCAAGGCUUCCAUGUUGGACGAAGACGACUUCCGGGAGAAGUCGACCCGCGACGUGAUGGACAACUUUGCCCGAAAGCACCUGGAGGAGUUGUUGGAUUCGCGGGCUGGGAACGUUGGAAGUGUAAAGAUGCUUGAGAAGAAGGAGAUCGGCAAAUGGAAAGGCCGCAUCUACGAAGCGCCUGAGAGGAACCAAAGAAAGUUCCAGCAAGUGCGAAAAGAUGUCCUUUAUGCCUUCGAGAUGGAAGCGCGCAGCUUUGCCAGCUCCAUGACCAAACAACUUCUCAGUGGAAGCAUGAAGGAUGCGGAAGUUGCAUUGAAGGCCUUGGACGCCUGCAGAUUGUCGCUGCACUCCAUGUCGCACGAGGAACGUGCCAAAUGGGCCUCGGUGAUUUGCACCCGCGAAGUGGGACCCCAAGGACAAGUCCUCAGCGUGGAGAUCUUGCGAUGGGCAUGGAAGCGUCUUAGAGAGCUGAGAGACGACGAGGUCUCGCCAGAGUUGGGACAGGCCCGGGUGCUGCAGGUGUUGGAGGCGGCUGAAAGCGCAGACGAGCUCACACCGUUUGCGCGGCUCUUGGGCCCUGAGAAUGCUGUGCUGGAAGGAGUUUGCGCCGCCGUGGACAACGUGAUCCAAUUCGGCCGUCUCUUUUUCCUCCGGCAGCGCAUGUGGGAUGCGCAGCCCGAGAUCACCCUGGAACUGGCGAAGCUGCUGCUGGAGCACAAGCAUUGGCUGUUGCAAAGUCUUGGCACUCGCUUCUGUGCCCAGCUCCUAGAUGCUGAUCCAGCACGCUAUCAGGUCUGUUUCCGCGAUCUCACACGAAAUCGUGAGAGUCCUCCCUUCGCCUUGAUUUUGGCAAGAGCGCUUCUGAACGUGGCCGGGCCCGUUUUUGGUCCCGCGGCAGUGGACUUCGAAAAAGACCAGGAGGUGGAGGCCCUGUGGAAAGGUGAGUGGUAUUCUGCGCGGUUCCUGAAGCACGACUUGGAGCGUCAUGAGAUUGAGAUCGAAUGGAAAACUCAGGAGCCCAGGCUAGUCGAAUCCCUUCGCUCCCUGCUGCAUCAAGCGCUGCAUCGUGGACUGCUUCACUUGUCGGCAGAGGCGUCUGCGUGCCUCUCGCGGCUCUUGCGCUAUGGGCCCUCAGAGACGAUCAUGGUGGGUGGAGGCCAUGAUUUGCGAGAUGUGCAAAGUCUCAUCUUGGGCUUGUCCGAGUUGGGUACCGCGGAUGUGGAUGGUGAGCCCAACAAAAGUCAACAGCGCAUGCUUCCGCUUCAGUGUGGUUCCAAAGAGUCCCUGGGAGAAGCCACCAAUUACUUCACCACUUUGAAUUGGUCCGCGCAGUGGCGCCAGGACGAUGCGCCCGCGGCCUGGAAGCCGCGCUGUCCGCUGUCCCCGCCCGUCAGGGCACCGGGAAAAACACCGGCGGCUCCGCGGGCAGAGGAUCCGGCGGUUCGCAUUUUGGAGCUGCUGGAGCUGCAGAAAGAGCUGCAGCAGGAGCAACAGCUCCGUUCGGCGGCCCAGCAGCUCCGUUCGAAGGCAGAGGAAGAGCUGAAGAGCUCCAAGGAGAUGAUUGCAAGACUCUUAGAGGAAAAGAAGGAAAUGGCCCAACGACUCCAAGACCUGGAUGCUGAGCGACCGGACGCGACGGCUUUGGGAAGAUCGGAGCGACUGGCCGCGACGGCCGCGCUCUCCGGCACCGCUGGGACCGAGGAAGCGGCGGGAGACGCGGAGGAGAACGAUUGGAUGCUGAAGGCGGAUCCUGACACGUUGACUCUGGCAGAUGCUGAGGGCUUCAUUUCCAGGAUAACUCUGGGGGAGAUCGCGACGCGCCGCGACAACGUGCGUGUGCUGCGCAGCUCGCUCUGCGGCGGUCUGCGGCAGCUGGGAGAGAAGCUCUACGCGUCGCCGGUGCAUUUCAUCGAGGAAUUGCUGCAGAAUGCAGACGAUUGCAGCUAUGGCUCCGUCGAGCCGAGCUUCAAGAUCGAGGCGACACAAAGUGCCUGUCGCUUCUCCUACAACGAGCUGGGCUUUCGAGCCAAGGACGUCUUGUCCUUGUGCUCGCUGGCCGUUUCGACGAAGACCUUUGGGGACUUCUUAGGGCACAAAGGCGUUGGUUUCAAGUCGGUCUUCGCGUGUUCCAAUGCCCCUUGUAUCGUCUCGGGGAAGUUUCGUUUCAAGUUCCAAGUUCCAGGAAUCGACGAACUCUCUUACAUUACACCACGUUGGCUCGACGACGCGCAUGGCCCGUAUGGCCUUGGAACGGAGGGGACGCAGAUUUGGCUUCCCUUCCGGCCUGAGCUGUCGGGCAACCAGGACUUCUUGGAGAAGUUGCGCUGUGCUGUGGACCCAUUGGUGCUGCUAGGCCUGCGCCAAUUGAGGCGUUUGAGCUUUCAGAUGGAGGGAGAAACGCAGGUGGCGGCUCACUUGACCAAGACGGCGGUGGAAGAUUUUCGAGAGAUCAAAACCUGGAAGGCAUGUCUCCGCAUCAACGACCAGGACCACCUCUACCGGCUCUUCUCCUACGGCGCGGGAAAGGCCGUCCUGGCCUUCCCCGCCGCGCCAGGGCCGGAGCUGCCGGUGUGCGCUGGGCUGCCCUGCGCGCGGGUGGGGCAUCGAUUUCUUCUGCAAGCAAACUGGCAGUUGACCACAAGCCGUGAAGCCGUCCGGGAGAGCGUUGAAAACUACCAGUUGAGGUCGGAGGCUGCGAAGCUGUUUUGUGUGGCCGCAAGACAUCCAGACAUCUUGCCUCACCUCGCACUCUUCCUCCCUGCGACAGGUCCCGGCACACCGCCCUUCUGGCAGACCUUCGCUGAAGAGCUGCUGCACGAGCUGCGCUUGGUGCUCCCGGAGCUGGGCCUGGGGCUCGGAGCGACGGCGACGCUGCGGCUGCCAGAGGAGCGGAUCAUGGCCCUGGUGGAGCCGCAGGUCUUUGUGGCUGCGGGCCUGGAGCUAGUGCAAGAUGAAGCCGCACAGCUGGUGAUGCAGAAAUGUGGCAUCCCAGCGCUUGGCAUCGCAGAUCUCUUCGCGUGCUUCCCACACUUCGAAACGCUUGGCAUUGUGAAGCCGGAGAGCUGGUGGGCUGAAUUGUUUCAGUUGCUCCUGGAAAAUGCUGGCAAACCCCAGCUGGAAGAGCUGGUAAAGAGACAGCCGAUUUGGUGCCUUCGGGGGUCGGGUCGACGAUGCUGUCUUCCCGAGAACGGCGAGAUCGUCUUUUGCUCCGUGCCCACGUCAUUUUCGAAGUCCUGGAGGUCUCAGGUGGUUUUCUUGGACACCCACAGCACCGCUGAGCUGCGCUUCGCGCUCUUGACGGUGGCCAAGACUUGGGAUGCCACUGUGAUGGCUGCAGCUGUUCUGCACUGCCACUUGGAACUGCGAAGAGAUGAAUUGAAGGUGGAUGAGGCGCUGCGAGGGCUCCUGUGGCGGGACUUGGACUUUUUGAAAAACGUCUGGGAUGAGCUGCGCCAGCUUCCAGUAGAGGUGCCCGCAGCGCCAGGUGAAAUGGCCCUGGUUCCCAGCGACCACGGAGCCUCCACGGCGUGUCUGACGACGGUGCCCACGGUGUUGGGUUGCAAAGUUCCGCUUGUGACCGGCUGCGGCUUCGGUUCUGCGAGUCCAGUGGCACUUCCCUAUGGAGAUGUGAUGGUGGUGUCAGAGGCCAUUGCAUGGGAGGAUUUUCUGCUGAAGUUGGGCUGCCGCGCCCCGGUCUUGGAUGCCAGGAGUUGUCCCCUGGGGACCUUCAUCCUCCCACCCUUGGCUGAGAUGCUCUGCGCUUCUUCGCAGAUGAAGAAUGUCCUCUGCGCGCUGCCGGCACGGAGCCUACAGUGGUUCCAGGAGAACGUGUCCAUGUGCGCGGUGAGCGGCCAGAUCGUGCCCCUGAACGCCUUGGUGGCCGAAGGCCUUCUGCGGAACUUGCCCAAAGUCCCAGAGGGACUGGAAGUGGUGCCAGUGCCCCGAGAGAUGGAGGAUCUGGCAGCGUCUUUGGGCAUCUGUGUGCGACAAGAUGUGGACAUGUGUUGGUUGAUCCUGCGAUCGCUGUGUGAUGCUGGCGUCAGAUCUGUGGGGCCAUACGUGGAGAACCUGGCGAUGCUGCAGUCCCUCCGCGGCGAUGCCUCUGCUUCCGAUCUGCCGAAGAACCAGGCGAUCUUGUUCCUUCCCAGUUCUUCGAACGCUGAGCCCAGCUUCGCUGCGCUGUCGGAGAUCUACGUCACGCAGGAAUUCGGGACGGAAACGAUGCCCAAAGACGAGGAGGAGGCCAAAGUGCUGGAGAUGGGUUUCGAAGAGCUCAGGCAAUUUCUGGGACGCUCUGUUAUUAGCUGCACUCACAACGUGGCGUAUUGGUCCUUCUCCUCCGAGUUAAAGCUCAUGGGCUGUGCAGAGCGCCCCUCCGUCGCGGAAGCUCUGCAAGCCUUGCAGCGGGCGGCACAGGAGCCCAGAUUCCGGCAACGCAUUGGGCGCAGCAGUGUGAAAGAUCGUGGCGAGCUGCUGAAUGACCAAGGCCUCGAGGUCAUGUUGAGUUUGUAUCGUCUGCUGGAACUCGCUUUAUCGGCAGUGGAAGAUGUUCCCAGCUGGGAUUGGAAGGAGCGGUUGACGCCGACGCGUGUCCUGCAACCGGCGGCCGCGCUGACGGCUGCAUGCAGCAUGCAUGGGCCGCUUCCAAUCGUCACCUGGGAAGGGCGACUGGUCACAGGAGGAUCUUCGGAAGUCUGGGCCUGUCGCAGCAGCUGGUUCUUGGAUUCCGUGCUGGACGCAGCGCCCAUCUGUUUCAUUCAUCGGGACAUUGCCGAACACUGCCCGCGGCUGGUUGCGGCCAGCAGUUGGUUCUAUGUGGAGGGGCGGACCACCAUCGUGUGGCAGCAAUCCAACAACAACCCGGAGAAGGCCUCCGAAUUUUUGUUUUUUUCCGAACACGUUGGACACCCUCGAAUUCAGUGGCGUUUGUGCGUAGCGUUGUAUUUAGGCAAUUGGAUCGCGCUGGAGCUGUUCUUCAGUCCCAAAGUGGAGCCCAAGGAGACUGAAUGGUUCUCAGAUGUGCCUGGCUUGAUCAAAGAACGGCUCCGUGCACAGCCUUCCUUCGCCAUGAUUGGAGGUGUCCUGGUGCUUGCCACGCAUUUCGUGAAAGAGGCCGCAGAGCGUGCGGCGCUGGCCGCAGCUGCUCUGGCGCUUGCGUUGCAAGAGAUGGGGAAGACACGGCAGGAUGCCGAGGAGAAGAUCCGAUCUUUCACAUCUGAGCGCUUUUGGGAAGCAAGUUCCAGUCAAAGCCAUGCGGGAUACAACAUCAGGCAGGUCCGUAGCACAGAAGUGCUCCUCCCAAGCGGCAUUGGCGAAGAAGCGACACUGCCCGGAUUGAUGGGAAGCUUCGGCGCGGUGGAGCAAUACGAAGAUGAUGAAGAAGCAAACGCAAUGAGGCUCCGCGCUUGUCCCGGGGAGCGCCGUGACCACGAACUCUUCACCGACGCUUUGGGGCGGAUCCUCUCGGACCACGGCACCGUGAGCUACCGCAAAACUGCCGCGCCGGCGAAUGCCGCGGAGAUCUUGGCGGUGAAGGAACAGCAAAAGCGUGUGGGAGAGCGUGCAGAACAUUUCUACAGUUGCUUCCUUGAAAGUGUGUUUGGGGAUGCCUACAAACCCACACGCGAUUGGGUGUCAUCCGCGAGGUUGUGUGUCUACCCGGGCCGUGGCACUGACGACGCCUGUGGAUUUGACUUCGUGGUGCUGGACACGGCACAGCGGAUCGUGCCGUGCCAGGGGAAGCGCUCCGUGAGGUGUUUCAUCGAAGUUAAAGGCUCUGCUGGAGACUUCAAUGGGAUGUUUUGCUUGAGCGCCAAUGAGCAACGCAAGCGCGAUCAGAUUGCUGCCUCGAAGAGCGAUGGCAACGCCUAUGUCAUUGCUGUAGUGGACAAUUUGGAGAGUUUGGAAUUUGCGUCCAUACGUCACUUCAUUUGGAGCGACGAUCCUCAGCUGCUGCGCCUGGAAGCCGACUCCUUCCUGGCGCGGGUCGACCCCGCCGCCGGCCGCGCCGUGGCCGGCCGGGCGGCGCCGGCAGCGGCGCCCGCAGCAGCAGCGGCGGCAGCGGCGCCGGCCAAGAGGGAGACGCCUGUGGCGACAGUGAACAUCCCGGCGGCCAAGGUGGGUUUGGUCAUUGGCAAAGGUGGCGCCACAGUGAAAUGGAUGUCACAGGAAUCUGGAGCGCAAAUCCAAGUGGUGGACGGAAACACACCAGGCCUGGCAAAUCUGAAGAUAGAGGGUAGCAAGGCUCAGAUCCACCAUGCCAAACAGCUGAUUCAAGAGGUCGUCUACAGCCAGAGCAGCCAGUGGGACGCGCGCACCGGCCGCGUGUGGAAAGGCAACGGCUCCGCCGGCUCGGUGUGGGGGCCCCACGGCUCCGCCAGCUCCUCGCAGGGCUGGCAGUGACGGCAGUGAUGAGCACCUCCCAGAUUAUCCAACUGGGUUGCAUUGCUG